AUGUUUUUCAGUUCGCGCGAACGUCGUCGCCGUUCUCGUUCUAGGUCCUACGAUCGCUUCAGACGACGCAGAAGUAGAACACCAAGGCGCAGCAGAACUCCUAGAAGAAGUCGAACUCCGAGACGCAGCCGAUCAAGAUCUCCAUGGGGAGUGAGGCGGCGUUCUCCCAUUCCUGCCCGUCGUCUACCAGGACCUGAGCGCCGCGAUGUACUUUCACAACUUAGCAUGCCCUUCGAACCGCGACGCUCGCCGCCACGAGACGCGCAGAUGGACUUGACAACCGAGGAGAGAGACGAACGUACAAUCUUCAUUCUACAGCUUGCUCGUCAAACACGUCCUCGGGAUUUGGAGGAGUUUUUCUCAAGCGUUGGGCACGUUCGAGAUGUCAGGAUUAUUACUGAUACAAAAACUAGACGUUCAAAAGGCAUUGCUUAUGUAGAGUUUUGGGAGCGUGAAGCUGUUCCAUUGGCUAUGGGUUUGAAUAAUCAAAAACUCAAUGGUGCCCCACUGAUAAUCCAAAUGUCUUUGGCUGAGAGAAAUAGGGUGGCAACUAAUGUUACAGCAACUACUAUAGGACUUGGUCUUGGACUAUCUACUGGUCCUAUAAAAAUUCGAGUUGGCAAUUUACAUCCAAAUAUAACAGAUGAAAUGCUCGGCGCCAUUUUCGAGCCAUUUGGAAGGGUUUUUAUUUCAUGA